GUAUGCAGAACCCACAAUUUCCCGCCAUCCUGUAUACGAAAAUUCAAAAUCGACGGCUUUCUGCAGUUGUCACAGAGAGACAAUAACUGACACAAAAACCUAUUCCAUUUUUCGUCUGUUAUGUAAGAUUGAUUCUUAUAUUUCUUUUGUGACGAAUGAUGGACCGGAGAACUUGGAAUUCGUUAAUAGUUACUGGUUCCUGAAUUAAUAAAAUUCUAGAAUUGAUUUAAGGGACUCCAAUCCUCAGCAAUGUUUGGUAACUCGCGUAAAAUCCGGAGAAAGUUUAUUCGUAUCAUAAAUUCCGGCAUUUAUAUUUUUUGGAACUCUUCUUUGAAAAAAGAAUAAGAAUUCACAGAUGUAAACAAACGGAAAUGGAGGGGAAUUGUAUACAAGAAAGAGAUAAGAAAGGUCGGUUCAAGAAAGCCUCGUCUACUGCUACUAUAACCAUUAGCACAUGUACCGAUGAAAAUAACAACCACCCUGACUUCAUCGAUGUCAACAGCGAAGAUCCACUAGCACAGGUAGAUGAAUAUGAUGAAAAUAAAGAGACAUCUGACCUGUUCCAAGGCAGAAGAGUUGUUGAAUUUUCAAUUCUGGUGGAUCAUUUGCAAAGAGGGUGCUUUCUGUGUCAUACGCCUUUGGAUCUUGUUGACUGUGAGAAAGAGAGACGUUAUGGACUAGCCAGCUUACUGUAUGUGAGAUGCAGGAAGUGCGACGAACUGACGAUCAUUCCAACUGGUAAACGACACAAUAUAGGUCAGAAUGGUCAAGGUCCUUUUGAUAUCAACACCAAACUUGCUGAAUCUACCCUAUGGGAAAUACCUUUCGGAUAAAGAACUCCACCAUGAUCUUGUGAAAAUCUUCACAUUGUAUGCAGAACAAUCUGACAGACUUUCUUCAUUAGAGAGCACACAGAACAAUGAAAACUUCAAUCAAAUUGUUGCAAGAAAAAAUCCAAAGAACAACUUCUACUCUGGUUCAGAGAGUACCACUAGCAGAGUUGCUGCAGCUACAUGUGAAAAAAAUAUAGGACCACAUUAUGUGACUCAGAUAAAUGAUGAGUUGAGUUUGUCGCCCAGGAUUACAAAGCGCACAUCUAUCAUUACUGCUGUGUCCAAAUUCAUGGAAGAGAGAUAACUCUACAUUCUGAAAAUUGAUGUCAUAUUGAUUUCAGUCAUUAUCUUUUAUAUUUUACUGGAUACAAUGCAAUUUAUUUUUAUUUUUGUAAUCCUUUCACCCAAUGGAUAUUUUGUUUAGGCAGCAAACAAGUCAACAUACAGUAUAUGAAAUACAAUUUGAUGAAACUGAGAUAACUCUUUUUGUUUUCUAUUAUUUACUGUAUACGUAAUGAUCAAUUAUCUCAUAAGAUCACCUGGAUACAAUGGUAAAUAAUUAUCAAUUC